AUAUUUAAUUAAAUAUUAUUUUUAAUUAAUAAAAUUUUAUUUUUGAAAAUAUAAAUAAAAUAAUUCAUUAAUUUAGUUGAUAUCAUAUUAAAUAAUAUAUUUUGUAAAUAAAAUAGUUAUAUUUAUUUUCAAAUUUUCAUAAAUUAUUUGAGUGUUUUAAUCAAUUAUUUGAUUUACUAAAUAAUUUUAAAAAGAGUAAUAAAAUGUAUUAAAAAGAUAAGAAAUGAUGUUUUCUAUUGUUUGGACACAAGAUUAAUUAUUUUGUUGUUUGGAAACAUAGUUAGUAGUAUAUUGUUGUUUUUCAUGAUUAUCCUUAAUGAAGUUUUAAUGUUUUUAUAAGGAUUGAGAUAUUAAUGAUUUUGGUGAGUUUAACUAUAUACUAGAAGUAUUAAAUUUAAAAAUUUACAAAAAAGGUUAAGUCCAUGGAAAUGAUUAUGUUUUAAUAAGAGAGAUAAUAACUAUUAUGUCAUGCAUUUUAUGUUUCCAUUCAAUAUAAAUAUGUGUCCUGUGAUUUUGCAAUAAGAUUUAGACAUCUACUCCCUCUGUUUCAUUAUAAGUGUCGUUUUAGAUUUCUGCACACGGAUUAAAGAAAAAAUUAAUUUUAUAUAUUUCCUAUAAAAAAAUACUAUUACUUAUGCACCUAACCAUAUUUCAACUAAUAAAAAAAUAAAUUUUGCAUAAAAUUAAUAAAUUUUGCAUUGAAAAUCGAAAACGACAUUUAUUUUGUAAUGAACAAAAUUCUCUAAAACAACACUUAAUAUGAAACAGAUGGAGUAAUAUUUAUCUUCCUUAACUCGCGUAUGCAAAUGUUAAAACGAGAACAAAACACACAUGUCUUUCUUGGCUAAGACAUAGGUCGACCCAUAAAAAAAAAAAAUUUAACACAUCCACCAGUCUUCUCUGCUUGUUUUGGUCUGGGGACGCUUCUUGUUAUGAAAUCCAUACACUUAAACAAUAGAACAAACGAAUGCGCGUUAUAUAUGGCUAGAUAAGUAUUUUUUUAAACUCUGAUAGAUGGUAGUAUGUACAUGAUAAAUUAAUGUAAAUACGAUCAUCUAUACGAUCAAAAGUAAUUCUAUAUUAUGUGACAAUUUUGUAUCAUGGUGAGCAUUUCUAAACAGCGAAAGCUAAUGUAACUUGUAAUGUCAUGGCAUUAACCAGAACAAAAAUAUAAUGGUGUGCAUGCUUAAUUGACAAUCUUUUAACAAAGAAACAUACGUACGUACGAAAAACUGAAAGAGUAGUAGUUAGAACCGGUAAGUACAUUAAAAUUAUGAAGUAUUCAACCAUUCGUUUCAGGUCAGGGCAUAUUAAGUAUGAAUUACAAGUGGGGGUGUCUUUAAAACGAUAUCAGAUUCUGAUUUGAUAGAAUGCUCAACGGUUCACAAAUCACCUCUUUGAAGUUUUUUAAUAAAGAAAAAGACUAAAAAUAUUCGAAUAUUUAAUCUGGGCCGUCUAACUUGGUGGGUUCACACACCCAACUUGUUUCAGCUGGAAUAUAAAUAUAUAUAUGAUAUAUAAUAGCAAUAUAUUUUUUAUGCUCCGAGUUUCUAUAUAACAAACUCAUUUGGAAACUAAACAAAUGUUUUCGGUUGAUAAAUAAUUAAUAUCUCAAGAGCAUAUUGUAAGUUCAAAUCACAAUGAGCAUAUACUUUGACAAAAGGCAUAUGCUACGUUUAUUACUUUUUUUUUUUGAAAAAAAAAAUAUCAACAUUAUGGUGGACAAAUAAAAAGGAAGCAUACCAUUUUUAUUUCAUUUAUUUUGUUAAGAUGAAAACAAAACCCAAAUUCUAAUAAAUAUCAGAUUUAAGAAAUGAAUGAGAUGCAUGCAGUCAACAACUAUUAAAAGAAAGUUCUAAUGGAAAUUUUUUUGUAGAAUAAUUCAUUUUUUCCAACGGAUUAUAGCGACACCACCGGAAUAUCCACAUAAACUAUUACUAGAAAAUUUAUUAUUAUCAGAAAUUAACAAUCCCUCUUAAGCGAACAAGUAAACGAUUACAAUAAAUUUAAGUGCUCAACAUCACUCGAUUUAAUACAAUUUGGCUCUCUACCAACCAAUAAACAUAAGAGUUCUACAAGACGACGAUGUUGCGCAGCAGCUCCACCGUCCUCCUCUGUCUCCUCCUCAUCUCCGCCGUAGCAAUUGCUCUUUCCUUGGACAAUGAUGACGUGUGCGUGUUCACGGUUUACAUAAGAACCGGUACGGUUUGGAAAGCCGGUUCAGACUCCGUCAUGAGCCUCCGUCUCUACGACAGUUACGGGCAAAAUGCUGUUAUAUCCGAUUUGGUGUCAUGGGGAGGUUUAAUGGGUCCAUUCCACGAUUAUUAUGAGAGGGGUAAUCUCGACAUUUUCACCGGCUUAGGUUCUUGCUUAUCAGGUCCGGUUUGUGCGAUGAAUUUGACUUCUGAUGGCUCUGGCGAUCACCACGGUUGGUAUUGUAACUACGUUGAAGUGACGAUGAGUGAGAGUCGUAAGAGAAGUUGUUCUCAGGAGAAAUUCACGGUGGAGCAAUGGUUGGCUCGUGAUACUUCGCCAUAUGAGCUGUCGGCCAUUAGGAAUCAAUGUUCGGACUCUAUCAAGAAUCGAUGAGUCGUUUCCACGAUGUGAGUGUGUUAUUUAUUUAUUCUGGUGGGGUUGUCAAUGAAACAUGACGUGAUCAUAUAUUUAAUUCGAGUGUGAUUAAGA